AUGAAUCUUUUACAGUCUUUACCGGGUGCAUGGAUCGAGGAAGAAGAACAAGUAGAAGAACUGAAAAAGAGUCAAGAUGAUAUUGAACUAUUAAAACAGACGAUUGAGACACUCAAAAAAGAAAAGGAAAAAUUGGAAGAGACAAAUCAUAUUGUGAAAAAGAGUAUUCAGAUCGUAGCUGAAAAGAGGUUACUAGCUGAACAAGCUAAAUCAGAUAGAAAACUAUUAAAGAGUGAAGACUAUAUUAUCGUUGCCAAGGAUGAGCGUAUACCAACACAGGAAGAGCUAAGGGCUGCUGGCAUCGAAGGCUGGGAGUGGAUCUCUACCUAUUAA